CUUGCAUUGAAGCGACUGACAUACAUGCAUACAUACAUACAUACUUACAUAUCGUGAUAAGUAACAGGUUGUAGGUGAAAGAAAAAAAAACAUUCAUAUGGAAGCAAGAAGACUGCAUUUGAAGAUUCGCUGAAGACAUGGAUUGUAUUCACCUAACAUACCUAGGUUAGUAAUAUUCAGUACAUCCUGUGGUAGACUGCUAGGUCUUCGUUCAUGUCCCGUAUGAUACUCGGAUCAUACACAGGGAUGUGGGCGUGGGUGUGGGUAAUAGCACGGCUACCAUUACGGCAACUUGUCUCGAUACAGGAUGGAUAUGAGCUGCGUAAUCCUCAGCAUACGCAGUCAAAACUUUUGAUGCUAGAGCUUGUGUCAUUUGUGUCGUUUGUAUCAUUUGUAUCAUUUGUAUCGUAUGGGCGGCUUUGAAGGUUGUGAGUACAUCAUUAACAAUGUGCACUGCAUCAGUGCAUACCUAGGUAGUUACAACUUGAAGACUUGAAAAAAGGAAGAUGAGGGAGGAGGGCGCGUUGAGGCUUGGUCUCGGAGUGAAUUGUGGAAACAAGGAG